ACGAUUGAAGAUGGAGUGUGUGAAUAAAGCAGGUCAGCUCAUGAGUUUAGCGGCUCUACAGCAGCAUGAUCCCUACAUAGUGAAGUUGCUGGAUGUUACCGGACAGGUCGCGCUUUACACUUUCAACCCCAAAGCCAACGAAUGGGAGAAGAAUGAGAUUGAAGGCACAUUAUUCGUUUAUGCCAGGUCGGCAUCACCACAUCAUGGCUUCACGAUUAUGAACCGCCUGAGUACAGAAAACUUGGUGGAGCCCAUUAAUAAAGACUUGGAGUUUCAGCUCCAGGAUCCCUUCCUGCUGUACAGGAACGGAAACUUGGGCAUCUACAGUAUCUGGUUCUAUGAUAAGGCUGACUGUCAGCGGAUCGCUCAGCUCAUGCUGCAGAUAGUGAAGCAGGAGUCGUUGCGAGCGCAGUGUGUGUCUCCAGACAGAAGUGUGAGCAUCAGGACCAAUGGCUGCGUUCAGAACAGACCCGCAGGCAUCCUGGAGCUGCUCAGCAAAGCCAAAGAGGAGUAUCAGAGGAGUCGGUCGACUGAGAGAGAUGUUCAGGUGAACUGUGAAUCAGUGCUUUCCCAGGAGAAGAGAGAGGACGCCGCUGCAGCUCAACAUGAGAAGUCCAGUCACUCAGUAGUGAAGCAGAUCACAGUGGAGGAGCUUUUCGGCAGCUCUUUACCCAAAGAUCCUCCUCCUGUGUCCUCGAUCUCAGUGGUGGGAGAGGGUCUGGGUCUGCGUGGGCUCCCUUUCGGCCCCGCGGUGGCUCCGCGGCUGUCGACUGACCCUGGGGGCCCACCGCUGCUCAGUCUGCUCCAGCCCAGAGACCCUCGGACAGCAGCAGAAGAGACCAGCGGAGGAUCCAGCGUCCCUCGUGGUUCCACCAGCCCCUUUCCUCCAGCGUUCAUCAGUGCAGACGCUCACGGGAUGCCUGUUUCUCUGCCCGGGUUCAUGCCCAGUCCUCUGGUCACUCCGCAGAGCUUCAGAGAGUCCGGCUGCAAAACCUCUGCUCCGUUCACCGGGAAGACUGCAGCUUCAGCGCCGGGUAAAGAAGUGAAUGCCUUCACGCAGCCCCUGGCUCUGGUCAAACCCGUCCCAGCGGGGCCAGUUGUCCAGGGGGAGGAGUCUUCUUUGCUGCUGUCUCCGAGUGUAUUCCAGCAUUCCGUCAACAAGGCGACAGAGGCAGGCAAAGGCUCCGCCUCCCCGACGUCCCCCACAGACCCGCCCACUGCGCUGUACAGCAGAACUCAGCUGCAGGACACACUCAUACACCUCAUCAAGAAUGAUGCCCAGUUUCUCAACACCAUACACGAGGCCUACGUACAGAGCCUCUCUAAAGGCCUCAACAAUGUCAAGUUAUAGCCAUAAACGGCAUCUCCAUCGUCCAGCGAGAUCCAGCAUGAAGCUCCAUGUACAUCUGACUACCACCUGAACAACCCAGCCACACCUGAAGACUGCAGCAUUACCAAGGUUUACCAAUGAAAAUACUACAUUAUAAUUAAAUUCCUACUUCUACCAGCACAGUUAUGUCACAUUACAUUCAUUAAGGGACUUGUGCAAUACAUGAAGCCUUUUUUUUGUAGAAUAGCUUUUCAUUUAUGACAUGGAUAUGAUUUAUAUCCCGCUCUCUAUUGUGUUAUACUGUUAAAACACCAGGAAUGUGCUUGAGUUUUGAUAUUGAAGACCUCGAGGGUGUAGGAUGUGCACUGUUUUUGUUCCCUCCACAUUCCCUUGCUUAUUUAAUUUGGACUUGAAAUGAACUUUGAAAUGAAUUCAAGUGUUCAGGUAGUGAUGAAUAAAGCAGAGUGACGCUUUCCUUGAAAGGGUGUUCGUAAGACUGUCAUUAAACCUUUAUGAUCAUGAUAUGACACAUGAAUGAGAUUUUAUGCAUGUUAAUAACAACUGCUAAGUGUCAUUCGCUCAGCUGUCGUUUUAAAUGCAAAGAUGACAUUGUUUAUGACAACUUGACAUAAGUGCAUCAUAACCGGUCUCUCAUGACAACUUGACAUUACCAAGACGACAUAAAUCCGUCAUAAACAUGAUUCGCAUUAUCAUUGUAUCAUGAGUAUUUUACUGAUCACAUUCUGUGAUACGAACUGUAUUUGUCAUUCAAAUGUUUUUAAUUUAAGAGCCUCAUUAAUAUUUAAUGACAUUUUAAUGUCAAAUUCAGCUUGUACCAUUGUAGUUGAGGAUAAAAAAUAUGAAUGACGAUGUUAUAGAACUCAUCACAUAUUUAUAAUGUCCUCAUGACCAUCAUGUUUAUGACAGAUUUAUGACCAGUUUUGUUUUGGUAACGUCAAGUUGUCUUAAAGACAAGAACAGGUUAUGAUGUAUUUAUGUCAAGUUGUCAUAACAACCAAUGUCAUCUGUGCAUUUAACAAGACAUAACUGAGCAAAUGACGCUUAAUAACAGUUGUCAUAAGCAUGAAUAUAAUCUCAUUCACAUUCAUGAAGUGUUAUAUCAUGAUUAUAAAGGUUUAAUGACAGUCUUAUGAAGACCCCUUCAAAUAAAGUGUUACCGAAAGCAGUCUAUUGUGUGUUGCUUUUUAAAAUCGCAGACAGAGUACGAUCUGAAAUGCUUUAUUUAAAGUAGAGUUCAUAACACACUCUGAUAUUAAAGUAGACUGUGUAUUCAACAAGAACAAUUACAUUUAAUUUCAUCUUUAAACGUGCAAUCAAAUAGUUUCUCUUGGCACGGUUUACGUUUUUUGUUUUACAUGAAUUGUGUUUUUAAAUUCAGACUUGUGUACUUGUGUUUCCACUUACAGAAGGCCGUCGUCAUGAGGGAAUGUCAUUCACUUUUUCUCUUUGUGUGCGCUUUGCUUUUGAUAGGAUGGAGAAUAGAAUCUGACCACUAUUGAGUUAUUUACUGACGCCAUGUUAAUACGCUCUUCAAAUGAUUUAAUAAUGACUAGUCUGUUGCAGCAGGAUCAUGUUACUGUCUUUUGAGUUCAUGUUCAAAUAAAUAAUAAUAGGCAUA